AUGGUCUUGAGGUCGCGACGACGAAGCUUCAGACAAAGAGUGGAGAUCUGGAGCUUACCUAAGGCAGGUAGCACGCCAAGACGGCUAAGUGUGGGGCGUCCAGCAUCACUGACUACGGAGUCCACUGGGCUUCGUUACAACUUCACACCACCAAUCCCGAACCCUCCAAGUAGUACUUACCAACACACCACGAACCCGAAUACCAAAGCUAUGAGGCUCGCCAUAUUCUCGACCCUUGCCCUCGUGGCGGUGGCCGCUGCCGUCACCUCACCGCUGAAAUCCGUUAUUGUCUCUUACCCCGAUAAUACCCCAGAUAGCGUCUUGAAUCAAGCAAAGAACGCUAUCAAGACUGCUGGUGGAAUCAUCACGCAUGAGUACCAGUUGAUCAAGGGGUUCGCCGCCAAUGCACCGGCAAAGGCCCUCGAGACCGUGUCGACUUUGAACACCGAAUACCUUGCUACUGUGGAGGAGGACCAGAUGGUCUCUGUCAACAAUGCACUAUGA